AUGGGUAACCCACCUCCGCCACCUCCACCACCUCCACCACCACAUCCGCCCUUCUUCCAGCAUCAGCUACCACCACCGCCGCCCCCGCCUCUCCAAAAACCGUCAGAUAUGCGCUCGUAUAUAGAGACGCAAUCAUCGUUCCGUGUACCAUCUAGCAAAUUGUAG